AUGACCAGCAAAUUACAAAUUUUGUGGCAUAAAUAUAUUCGUCAAUAUGGUCAAGAUUUUUGUGUUGAAAAUGAAAAGUUUAAGUGCAACAAAUGUGACAUUUUUCUCAACGUAACCAGGCGAUCACAAAUUGACCAACAUAUUAAAACUAAAAAACAUAUUGACUGCUGCCAAAUCAAUCCAUCCAAUGAUCAGGAUAAUGAAGAUAAUGAAGUGGUGAAUGAAGUUCAAGCCGAGUUCAAUAGAGAUCUUUUCAAUGCUUUUGUCAAAUCUGAUAUUCCAUUAACUAAGCUUGAAAAUGAUGAGCUCAAAAACUUUCUCCUCAAAUAUACAAAUAUUGAAUUGCCAUCUGAACGAACUCUUAGAAGGAUGCUUUUACCUGAAUAUCAAAAGGCCUUAAGUGACAUAAGAUCGCAUAUUGGUUCAAAUAAUAUUUGGAUAUCGAUUGAUGAAACUUGUGAUAUUGCUGGUCGAAGUGUUGUUAAUGUCAUUGUUGGUAUAUUAGAUGGCUUACCGGAUAAAAAACCAAUAUUAAUUCAUGUUGAAUACACUCAACCUCCAAAUCAUUCAAUCAUUGCUCAGGUUUUUGAAAAUGCUUUAUCAAAGCUUUGGCCUGAUGGUAAGCAUUAUGAAAGAGUUCUUCUUUUUGUUACUGAUGGAGCAAGUUAUAUGAAAAAAGCAGCUAAAGCUUUAAAAAUAAUUUACCCUAAAAUGCUUCAUAUAACUUGUAUUAUUCAUGGUUUGCAUCGAGUUUGCGAGACAAUCAGAACUUUGUUUCAAUCUGUUGAUAAUUUAAUUACUGAAGGUAAAAGAGUAUUCCGAAAAGCUCCAAAACGAAUUCAACUUUUGAAACAAUUGAAUUCAAAUCUGCCAAUUCCUCCUCAGCCAACGAUUACAAGAUGGGGAACAUGGUUAGAAGCUUCUGUUUAUUAUUAUAAUUAUUUUUCUGAAUUCAAAAUUAUUGUCAAUUCAUUAGACUCGACUGAAGCAGCAUCUAUCUUGAAUAUUAUCUAUUGGCUAACCUAA